AUGGCGGGCGGCGACGACAUUGCCCGCCCUCGUCUGCUGGGUCCCUUGUCACACAUGGAGCCUGGCUGGCACGCACGCCCGCACGCCCCCUCCCCUCCUCCCUCAGGGACCCCCCCCCCUCGUCCAUCACCACCACCACUACCACUACCACAACCAUCACCACAACCAUCACCAUCCACAACCAUCACCAUCCACAACCAUCACCAUCCACAACCCCGUCCCGCGUCACGUACUCAUGCAGCCCACGCUGCAGCCCCGGCGCAUUGCGCUGUAGUGCCCGUCCAGCCCGCCCGCCGCCCGCAGCCCGCAGCCCGCCGCCCGCCGCUGCUCGGCCACGCCCUCGCAACCUGGCUCGACCAGAAACGACCUGUCGUCAUAGUCGCCGUCUCCCAGGGCACAAAGCCUCCCCCGCCGCUUGGCGCGCCCAUGGAGUGA